AUGAUGACCAUUCUAUUGUUUUUCCAUGACAAAAAGCUGCUGAAAAAGUCCUACAACGCUUUCAUUCUUUGCCUUGCCAUAGCAGAUAUACUGACUUCCAUCCUAGUAAUCACAAGCCCCGGCUUUGGUCUUGGUGACCUUAUUGCUCGACCAACCAAUCCAGUUCUGGGUGAGAUCUACUGUCGAGCGAUUUGGAGCCGAGUGUUUGUCUUUCAACACGUUUUUUUCUCUGUCUACAUCACACUGCUGUUGACAAUAGAGCGUUGGGUUGCUGUCGUAAAGCCUGCUAAAUAUAACGUCGGCUUCAAGGGAAAGAGAGUUAUUGGCUACAUCUUCUUUUGCUGGAUCUGGUCAUUUGGUCUCACGGGAACGGGUAUAUUUGAUGCGGUCUAUGAACCAAGUUCAUCGUCCAAUGAAAUCUGCAAAUUCAAAUUUAUUUCAUCAGGCUCUAUCUUCCGCACAUCCCUCUCUGUGUUCAUUAUUAUCAUGAAGAUGUUCUUUCCAUGCCUUUCCAUGAUUGGACUAUACGUACACAUGAUCGUGAAGACAAACAACUCUCCAGUUGCGUCCGCAGAGAGCAAAGCUAAACUACGAGGAAAGAUGACAAGAAUGAUUGGCAUUAUGACUUGUAUUUUACUCAUAUGCUAUUCUCCAAACCAAAUUUUUCUAAUCUUUGCAAUUGCAGGAAAAGCAAAAAUAGAUUCUACACUCCACCAUUUCACAGCAAUCCUCGCCUUCACAACCAUUUUUACUAACCCACUUAUUUAUGGACUAAGCAACGCUAAUUACCGCAAGCGCUACAAGAAGGCUUUGUUCUCCAUGUGUCCAAAACGACUCGGGGAAGGCGCCCAUGUUGCUCUGACGGGACGAAGAGUUAGUCCUCCUCCAUCAGAAGCACCAGCAACAUGUCGAUUGACAGUUUUCAGUAACUGAUAGUAGUUUAUUCCAAGCCAAGAACUGGUUCAUGCUUAGCAUGAGUAUCUCGAGUUAUGUAUGUUAUAUAUCAAACACGAGACGCAAUGUUUCAUCACCAGAUGAAACAUCAAGAAGCACAGCGGAGUAUUUUGUCGAACUUCGAGGUUUUUCAUCUGGUGAUGAAACAUUGUGUCGAAUGCUUAAUAUUACUUCUCAAACAAAAUGAUUUUAGAAGGAGAAAUUGAGGAUGGGAAAAAUAAGAAUUUUUUCAUCUGAUUUCCAAACACUCAUUAAACAUUAAUUUCCUUUGUAUUUUUAUGAAUUAUUAAUGAGUUUGAGAAGUGCACAGGAAGUUUGGGGAGUUCAAGGGUUCCGGAUGUGGAAGCUUGUUGCUCGAGGGGCAGUCGAGACAGCCUAUGAUUGCUCUCCAAACUUCGCAAGUGCACGAGAAGAUCCUGUAAAAUUUUAAGCCUUGUGGGCCAAGGUCAUGUAAAUAGCAUGUAAAUAUUGUACAAACCGUGUAAAUGACACGUAAAUUACAGAAGAGAGACUACCUAGACCUUGCAAAAACCCGGUAAAUCAAAAUAGAGCGAAUUUGUAAGGCCUUAGAAACCCUUUAAAUAAAAAGGGGAACUCACUUGACCUUGCAAAACCCUGUGAACUGAAAAAAGGAGGCUGAUUUGUCCAUGUAAAUGGAAAACCCUGCAAAACCCUGUAAAAGGGAAGCUGGUUUGGCCAAAAGCUAUCAUAAAUAUUGACUAUACUAUAAGACCCUGUAUAUAUCACCGCUGUGUACAUGCAAGUAGAUAAAGAGAGGAUGUAUUGUGAUCUAGAGCUUGGAGAAACUAGGCAGUAUGAAAUGUUCAAUUCAAGAAGAAAUUUUUAUAUAGUGCAUGCCCAGGAGUGCAUGUACCACCAGAAAAUAAUUUAAACGUUGUUUCAUUUCACUUGUUCCUUUUUUUUAGAUUAAAAGUUAGUUAAGCGAAUAUUAACGUUAAAAGCCGACGUUUCGGUAUCAUCAUGACACCAUUCUCAAGGCAAAAUAAAUAAGUAAUGCGAAGAUUUGAUUUCUAUAGUCUCUACAAAUUAACAUAAUAACAAAGGAUCACAAGUUCUUCAAGUGAAUACCUUUGCGCGAAUCGAGUCCGUCUGCACGUUUAGGGAUGGUUUGAGUUUUCUUAUAAAGAGCAUCUCCUUAAUUAGGCAAUCAAAUUUGUUAGAACCUUUAGUGAGCACGUGAAAUUGUUCUGAAAGAAAAGGUGGUACGUCCGAGUUAUGUUCGCUAAGAUAAUGUUUACGAGUGCACGAGAAGAUCCUAGUUGAUUUUAUUUCAUAGUGUUUAUAAAUGGACCUUUGUUAUGGAGACUCUAUGGAGUGUUAUAUGUAAAGACUUGGAAAUCACGCAAUAAAUUUCAACAUGAAGGCAAUGAAAUGAAUCAAUUAUUUAACAAACAUUUUUCCUUUAUCAUCAUCCCUCAGGAUGACUAACCACUGUAAAAGAGACGGGAAUGCUAGUUGGCGGACAUUUUUAAAGGCAAAUUUGUGCGUUUUGAAGCGAAACAAAAAAAUAAGAUUUUUGACAAGU